UGCUUCUACCAACAACGCAAACACGUUCCGGUCAUGUGAGCGUAUGUCAUCCGUCCGCCCACACUGAGAAAAAAGCCUAGUAAAUUCUACUAACUUAAUUAGUAACAGCGACCAGAAGUGCAGAAGUAAACAUGGACAGACCGCCCGUAGGAGACGUUGACGAUCUGGCCACUUUAGCCAAACUUGACGAGCAAAUUCUAUUGGGAGAACUACGUGAAAGAUACAGGAGAGGCCGAAUAUACACGUAUGUUGGAGAUAUCCUGAUAGCAGUCAACCCAUACAAGGAUAUUGGGAUUUAUGGCAAAAAUGAGGCCAAGAAGUACAGAGGAGGCAAGAAGAGCAACAACCCACCCCACAUCUUUGCCAUUGCUGAUGCUACCUACCAAUCGCUGUUGGGUCAGGGAGGUCGUCUACCGAGCAACCAGUGCAUCCUCAUCAGCGGGGAGAGUGGGGCAGGGAAGACCGAGAGCACGAAGCUCAUCAUUAAACAGCUGAUCAGUCUGUGCGGGGGCAACGUCCAGUCAUCCACUGCCCAGCUGGAGCAGCAGAUUCUACAGGUGAACCCACUGCUGGAGGCAUUCGGCAAUGCCCAGACCAACAUGAACGACAACUCCAGUCGCUUUGGCAAGUACAUCCAGCUCAAGUUCAGGAAAGGCCUUGUGAUGGGUGCCAAGAUCUCAGAGUACCUGCUGGAGAAGUCGCGGGUCGUACGGCAGAGUCCGGGGGAGGAGAACUUCCACAUCUUUCACUACUUGUUUGCCGGACUCUCCCCUGAACAGCAGGACAAAUUCGUUCUCAGGGACGUGGCCAAGUUCAGGUAUCUGUCCAAUGGUGCAAAGGUGCUGCAAAAGAAGGGUGGCAUUUUGAAGGGGAGAUACGAGGAACUGUGUAAUGCCAUGGAUCUGGUCGGCUUCACAGAUGAGGAACAACUAGAAGUGUUCACUGUGAUAGCCAGCGUGCUGCACCUUGGUAACAUCCGGUUUGACUCCAAUGAGCAGGAUGCAGCAGUCCUCAUGGACCCCAAUGGAGCUGUGAAAGUGGCAUCAAUGCUGUUGCAAGUGGACCCGGAGGAGGUGGAGGCAUGUCUGACAUCCAUGGUGACGGUCAUCAAGGGGGAGUAUGUGAAGCAGCUCUACAGUAAACAGCAGGCAGAGGAUGCCAGGGAUGCCAUGGCCAAGACACUCUAUGGACGUCUGUUUGGCUGGAUAGUCAACAAGAUCAACUGUUUGCUUGCACCAGAGGAAGACAUUCCACCUGAUGAAGUCCGGGAGAUUGGGAUUCUGGACAUAUUUGGGUUUGAGCAUUUUGAGCUAAACAGUUUUGAGCAGGCAUGUAUCAACCUAGCCAAUGAGCAGCUGCAGUUCUUCUUCAAUGAGCACAUCUUCAAAAUGGAGCAAGAGGAAUACAUUAGAGAAGGCAUUGACUGGAAGGAGAUCAAGUUUGUGGACAACAAGCCCCUUCUGGAUAUGUUUCUGACAAAGCCUAUAGGACUCCUGGCUCUCUUGGACGAAGAAAGCAUGUUCCCCAAGGCCACUGACCAGACAUAUGUAGAGAAGAUUACAUCGCACUUCAAGAAGAACCAGUACUUUGGGGCAUCACAGCAGACUCGGAGUGUCAACUUCUCUGUCAACCACUAUGCUGGCAAGGUGGAGUAUGAUGCUACCCGGUGGUUGGAGAAGAACCGAGACACACUGCCAUCUGGCAUCAUGGAGAUCCUCACAUCCAGCAACACAUCACUGGUCAAGACCAUCUUCAGAGCUCAGAUCACCAGGACUGGCAGCUUGUCUCUACAAGGACGGACGUUGAGGAAGUCAUCCAGGUUGAGGAAAGUAAAUCCUGACAAGAUCCGAGCCAAGCGGAAGGUGACAGUGGGAGCACAGUUCAAGACCUCCCUGAACAUCCUGAUGGAGCGGAUGCAGUCAGCCACACCGGUGUUUGUCCGCUGUCUCAAACCCAACCAUGUCAAGAAGCCUGAGAUGUUCAUGGAUGAAUACAUUCUGGCCCAGCUGCUGUACACUGGCAUGUUGGAGACAACAAAGAUCCGCCGGGAGGGCUUUGCAGUGAGACCUUUGUUCCAGGACUUUGUUGACAAGUACAAGAUUCUGCUGUGUCAGCACAAACUGAAGGGGUCCUCUGACAACUGCAAGAAGAUUCUCAAGGCUAGCGGCCUCAGUGGCUGGCACAUUGGGAAAACAAAGGUGUUCCUAAAGUACUGGCACAUUGAACAGCUGGCCGACAUCCUGGAACGCAUUGGAAAGUCAGCACGGGUGCUGCAGAAACUUGCACGAGGGUUUGUUGCACGUCGUCGUGUUGCUCGUCUACGUCAGGCGGCGGUUGAGCAGCGCCAUCUGGUGGAGGGACUUCUGCAGCAGAUCGAGCAGCUUUGUGUGACCUGCAGCCUUAAUCACGACCGCAUCAGGCAGGAGGAUGUCAAGAAGCCAAAAGACAAGAAUAAGACAGAUCAACUUCAGCCACCUGCUGUGCCACUUCACUCUCCAACUGGCUCCAUCACCAGCUACCUCAAGCCACAGGCCCACACAGUGUCAUGCGGGACAGGGAUGGAUGAUGAUGACGAUGAUGCUGACGAUGAAGUCAUGGAGGAUGACUUCAAAGCUGAUGCCUCUAAUCGCAACAAGUUUGGUGCCCCUGGGCGGAAGGCAACAACCAUUUGGUUCCAGUCCACCCAGACAGAGAACGUCGUGGAGCCACAGUCGGGGAAGUUCGCCCAGUGGUUUCACGGCAUCAUAUCCAGGAAGCAGUCAGAGGUUUUGUUGAAAGGGAUGCCAGUUGGCUGUUACCUCAUCCGAGUCAGUGAGAGCCGGUUCGGCUACACCCUGUCAUUCAGAGCGGAAGACAGGUCACGCCACUAUAUGAUUGACCAGAUAAGAAAUGGAAAGUUUAUCAUUCUUGGAGAAAGCAAAGUUCAUCGGUCACUCCAUGACAUAAUCGAGUACCAUAAAACACAUCACAUCUCCAACUGGAAGGGGCUUCUGACAGAACCAUGCGGACAGCUCUCCCCCUCCAACCCUGAUUAUGCUGUUUUACAGAGCGGUGACUGUGACUACAUGGACCUCGUCGACGAGUCCAGCCGCAUGUACUUCAUCCUUGACCCUUCAGCCAGCACAUCAGGGACAUCGAGACAGAGUGGCGCCUCAAGCCCGGGACUCCCUCCUCGGAAUUACACAGUACAGCGAGAGUCAGGGCAGUCAAGAAUGGCAGGGAGACCCCUCCCCCAGGUGCCCCCACAGGUGCCCCCCCAGUCCUACCAGAGGCUCAUUCAGAACCAGGAAGAGCAGCACAAGUACAACCCUCUACAGCAGACCUCGGGGUCACGGGUACGACUUUCGACCACCAGGAACAGACUUCACUAGCAGCAGGACAUCCUCUCUCUUUCCAUCCUGCAGAUAUACUGCUAACACCCCAUAUGCCUAGGAUUUAUACAGAUAUACUGAUAUCACCCCCAUAUGCCUCGGAUUUAUACAGAUAUACUGAUAUCACCUCAUAUCCAUCGGACUCUACAUCAUUAUGCUUGAUAACAUCUGAUACAAAGUUGUACUGAUAUAAAGGUUCUACUUAUAUUUCAUAUUCAUCAUCAAUCAAAUAUUCUGAUGCAGCAUUAAACAACAACUCGAGUGACUCACUCACUCUGUAUGUAUAGUUAACCACUACCCCACUGCUUUGUUUGGUCCAGAUUGGAUUGAUUACAAAGCCUUCUUGACAAAGCUGGAAUUGUGGCCUCACAUUCAGUUACUAGAAUCCAUCAACUUAAAUUUUUUUCAAAACUGAUCUGGUGUAGUAUUGUACAGUACGCUGCAGAGCUAAGCUCCCUCCAACAGAGCUGGAACUCUGAUACAGCAUGGAAUCUCUUUCAUUCAUGCACAAUAGCAGUUGGUUUUGUCAAGCUGCCAUUUAAUUGCAUUGCCGCAUGUACAAUAACUGUAUUCAAUAGAUUGAUCAAGGAUUUUUAAAAAGGGGAAGAACAAAACAUAUGGACGGAAUUAAGUUGAAUUAUAACUCUGGAUCUGUCAUUGUCUGUAUUAUAGAUGUACUAUGUGAAUCCCUGUACUUACUUGAUUUCACAAUCCCCCUUUACCACAUUUGUGCUUUAUAUCUGUUUCGUUAAAAUAUUUAAAUGUUUAAAUGUUUGUUUCCUUGUUACAUGUUUUCAACCCAGAGAUGGCUUCCAUAAAAUAUAUAUCCUAGCAGACAAUAAUACAAUAAAGGAUAAAUAAUAAAUGAUUUUGAUUUUAAUUUUUGCUGCCAUGUCAGGGUUUAGAGAAGACCUCUUGCUGGUCACAGAGGCACCAUAAUGGAUUGGUGGUCAGGCUCGUGAUUUAGAUGAUUGCGUGUCAUAGUACCUGAUGGCUGAAUGGUUGCUCAUGACAUCAACCACUGGUUUGUCUGGUCCAGAAUCUAUUAUUUACAGGCUGCCAUCAUAUUUUGAUUUUAAUUAUUGCUAGUCUUUUUUCUAAUUCUAGAUCAGGCUGCCAUUUCAGGGUUAAGAGAAGACCAGAAACCUAUGCUGGUCACAGAGGCAACAUAAUGGAUUGGCGGUCAGGCUCGUUAUUUAGAUGAUUGCGUGUCGUGGUACCUGAUGGCUGAAUUGUUGCUCAUGACAUCAACCACUGGUUUGUCUGGUCCAGAAUCAAUUAUUUACAGGCUGCCAUCAUAUUACUGGAAUGUAAGGGUAUUAAACAGCAAACAAACAAUCAAUUACAACUUUUACUGACAGACGAUUUCAUGACAAUAGAUGCUUCUUUUUAUCAAACAUACAUAGAGAUUUAAUAAGCGUGCUAUCAGUUGUUUUUUGUUUGAAAAUAGAGAAUGGAGAAUAUCGAAUUUGAAAUCCAUGUCAAGUUAGUGCCCAAUUAUUGAUGUGUUUGUUUGUUUGUUUGAUUGUUGUUUGUUACCCCAACUCCCUUGAGAACAUUAACACAUCCAUAUAACCAUAUCAGAGUCUGGGCCAGACAAGCCAGUGAUUGACAUCAUUAGCAUUGAUCCACAUAGCUGUGAUAAGAUGACAUGCAAUCAACCAAGUCAGGGAGCCUUGCCACCGAAUCCAUUUAGUUGGCUCUUAGGAAGGGUACCGUAUUCGACGUAAUAAGCACCCAGGGCGCUUUCAAAAUAAGAAAUAAGGGGCUCGUUUUGAUCGUUUCUUCUGACAGCCUGAAAUUAUACAAAAGAAAAUUCUGUUUGUAUUAUACACGACAGAUAUAAUUUACAGAAUUUAAUUGCCCGUAAUUAAGGAUGCAUAUAACACAAGUGCGUAUUAUACACGAAUAAAUGUACACGAAUUGUGUACAUUGAUCAGUCGGAAGGGUGCUAUUUUCGAUUGUUCACUAGCCAAUAUAUUGGCAAAUAUCGCCAUGGGCGCUUAUUAUAGCGGGGCGCUUAUUACUUCGAAUACGGUAUGUCAUGGAUAUGACAAUAUCGCAUGGUAAUGGGCAGAGACAAGUUCAGCAUUUUGUGUCCCUUUUCCAUGUACAUACUUCUAUACAUUAUACAUACAUAUACACACAUACCAUAUAGAGAGAGAACGUGUAUGUGCCAGACUGUUUGAAUCUGUUCCCGUUUUCCUGGUAAAAAUCUGUUUUUUACCUGUAAAAUUAGGCAUGGACCGGUAAUUCAUGUGGUUGCCAGUCCCUGUGGACCGGGAAAUAAAGUAUCGUAUAAUCUUUGUUGUUGACAAAAACAUUGGCAAUAUUCAUAUAAGUAUAUUUUUUAACGAAGCCAUCAUGUUUGUUACCAUCAGGGUUUCUACUUGUCUAUUCAUAGUGCAAUGAAAUAACAUUUUGCUUUCCUUCAAGGUUAAAUAUAUAUAUUUGUAGCGACUUAGUCUCAAAAUAUUUAGAAUUAAAAGAGAAAAUUGUGACUGAACUUUGUGUGAAUGACUAGAGAUCUAACUAAGUUACUUUGGAGAUGACGUCAUUGCAAUGCAGUGUUUAAUUUGUUGAAAGUUGGGACUGACAAAUAUUGGAAUGCACUGGUAAUUUUUGGAGUUGCCAGUCUACUAGGACUGGUAGUUUCAAAAGCCAGCAGUUACACUGGAUAUAUGAAGAUGUUUUAUUAUUAUUUAAUUGGUUACCACAAGCACACGAUUUUGAGAAUUUCCUAAUGCGAAGCCUGUCAACUAAUUUAGUCAUGAAAAAAUGCAAAGUGUCGGAAUGGAAGUUACACUUUGAUUUCCAUUGCAAUAAAACACUUUCUUUGAUUUCACUUUUUCUUUAUUUCAUCUGACCAACAAUACCUUAAGAAACCAACUAUUUCUAAAACAUGUUUUUAAGCUUGUACCGCUUACCAUGUUUAGGUGAAAAAGUUUACAAACCAAGGAAUUAAAAAAAGCGCAAGUGAAUGUAUGUGUAUGUGCUAAGAUUUGAUGUGAUUAUAAAUCAUUUUCUAAUGAAUUGAUUACAAUAUUUCAUAUGCCAUGUAAAAACUAACACUGUGCUCAAACAUUCCAUCAUUCAUGUAUUGGCAGAUUAAACAUGAAAAAUAAAUAUUAACUUCAUCAA